UGGGUCACUGUGAAGACAGGGCAUGGUCUACCCAGGGCACAGCAGCCCUGCCCCACGUGCCCAGGUUGUGACUAGGGGGCUGCCUUAGGGGCCUCGGUGUAGGGUUUGCAAAGCAGCACAGUUGAAGUUGGGGUCCAGAUGCAGGUCCCUGGGAGCACCUUCCCCCACACUGUGUGUCAUCUGCACAGUGAACAGGGGACACUUCUGAACCAGAUGGCAUGGCAGACCAGGUUCAUGUUACAGUGUUACUGCUGGGGGGUCACCAGGGGGCAGAGCGAAGAGGACUUUCCUGCAUCUGUUCUCUCCCUCACCCCUCAUUCAGCCAUUUCCGCUUCUCCUGGCUGACACUCUGGGACUACCACACAAGGACCCAUCAGUCCUGGGCCCAGGAGUCCUUGCCCUAACCGGGGGAGGGGGGACACACUGUGAUAAAAGCCACUGGGGUAAACAAAACAGCAGCUGUGAUCUCAGACAUGGGCUCAUGUGUGGCCUUGCCGAGGGCCCUCGCUGGUUGUCCCUGUGGGAGCUGGGGGCUGUCCCCCAUCUCUUGGGGGAGGCCUGAAAGGAGCAUCGCAGGAAGGCAGGGCUGGGAUGGAAGGGGGACCCCCUCUCUAGCCCCUCACCAACACCUGCCCCACGGUCAGCAGCUCCCGCUCGUCCGCUGGCUCUUCCUCUCAAGUGCAGCCAUCCAUCCUCCCGUCUGCACUUAAGCCACCUGCUGCUGUGCCCGCCCACCCGGCAGCUGUGCACGCUGGAGUCCUGCGUUAGCCCCCAGGCACUGUUUUCGGCCCUGAGACAGAGCACUACACAGCACCUCCCAUCUGUGUCUGCCCAGGGAGGGCGUGAGCUCAGGGUGGCCCACACCGGCACUGAGGGUGGGUGCCGCGUACAUGGUGCCGGAGGCUGGGUGUGGGGCAGGACUGGAGGGUUGCACAGUGUGCCCAGCGUCACCUGGCUCUCUGGAGUCGCCGACUGGCUAUCAUCAUUCCAGGUGGUUUCACCCCAACAUCGGUGGGGUUCAGGCAGAGAAGCUGCUCCUGUCUAGAGGCCGGCAUGGGAGCUUCCUGGCGAGACCCAGCACGAGCUGCCCCGGGGGCUUCACGCUGUCUGUCAGGCGCCAAGACGAGGUGACCCACAUCAAGAUCCAGAACACUGGUGACUAUUACGAUCUGUAUGGUGGGGAGAAGUUCGCGACGCUGGCGGAGCUGGUGCAGCACUACACCGGCCAGCGGGGGGCGCUGCUCCGGGAGCGCAGCGGGGCCCCGGUCGAGCUUCGGCACCCGCUGGGCUGCCAGGACCCCACGUCCGAACGGUGGUACCAUGGGCACCUGUCUGGCAAGGAGGCUGAGAAGCUGCUGUUGGAAAAGGGUCGUCCCGGCAGCUUCCUGGUGCGGGAGAGUCAGAGCAAGCCUGGGGACUUUGUGCUUUCGGUGCUCACAAAGCAGCCGGACAAGGAGGACCACCGGCCACCGGUCACCCACGUUAUGAUCCGCUUCCAGCCAGAUGGGAAGUACGACGUGGGGGGCGGGGAGCGGUUCGACUCCCUCAGCGACCUGGUUGAGCGCUACAAGAAGAACCCCAUGGUGGAGAAGUCAGGAGCCGUGGUGCCCCUCAAGCAGGUAGGUAUGCCCCCUGAUGUGACCUUGGGAGCCAGAGUGGGCUGCUCCCCACCCAGGGAAAAGGGUGCCGAAGGACCUUGCCCGGGUUGGACACCGGUCUCUCCCUGCCAGCCCCUCAAGGCCACAAGGAUCACCGCCACAAGCAUGGAGAGCCGCGUGCGGGAGCUCAACAGACCCACGGAUGUCGGCGAGAAGGCCAAGCAGGGCUUCUGGGAGGAGUUCGAGAUGUUGCAGCAGCAGGAAUGCCGGCUCCUGUACCCCCGGAAGGAGGGGCAGCGGCUGGAGAACAAGCCCAAGAAUCGUUACAAGAAUAUCCUUCCCUUUGAUACCACCCGUGUUGUCCUGCGUGGUGUGGACGAUAGCGUGCCUGGAGCCGACUACAUCAACGCCAACUACAUCAGGAGUGACCCAGAGGAUAAGCCAGGCCAUGGACUGGGCAAGGUAUACAUUGCCACCCAGGGCUGUCUGCCGACAACAGUAUCUGCCUUCUGGAUGAUGGUGCACCAGGAGAACACGCGUGUCAUCGUCAUGACCACCAGGGAAGUGGAGCGAGGCCGGAACAAAUGUUUCCGAUACUGGCCAGAGCUGCAUGGCAGCCGAGAGUACGGCUGUGUGCAUGUGUGCAGCGUGGCUGAGUCCCAGGCCCAGGGCUACUGUGUGCGGGAGCUGCAGGUGUGGCGACCGGACCAGGAGGAGCCGCCACGCACAGUGAAGCAUUACCAGUACUUCAGCUGGCCCGACCACGGGGUCCCGGCCGAGCCCGCCGGCGUCCUUGGCUUCCUGGAGGAGGUGAACCAGGCCCAGAGAAGCACGCCCGGAGCCGGACCGAUGGUGGUGCACUGCAGCGCCGGCAUCGGACGCACUGGCACCAUCAUCGUGAUUGACAUCUUGGUGGACCUCAUCCGCAGGCAGGGGCUGGACUGCGAUAUUGACGUUCCCAAGACGAUUCAGCUGGUGCGGCGGCAGCGCUCGGGGAUGGUGCAGACCGAGGCGCAAUACAAGUUCGUGUACCUAGCGCUGCAGCGCGCGAGCCGUCCGAGGAGCGCGACUACCAGAACGUGGGCGCCGUGCCCGUCGACCUCGGCCCUGAACCCACGCCGUCCCGAGCGCCCGCGGCGACCACGGAGACCCCCGUCGGCGUGUACGAGAAUCUGCUGAGUCUCGGGAGGUGAGGGUCCCCGCGUGCUGGCGCCCCGGGUGCGACUGGAGCCGCGGAGGAGGCCCCGAGCCCAGGAAAGCCGGCCUUCGCGUUCUUCAACGGACUGCGCUUAGGACAGUGGCCUGCCCUGGAGCGCUGGGGGAAGAGGUCCAGGAGUCUUGCCCCUCAGACCGUCCCCACCUGGACACCCAGAAAUAGGGAGAGGCCGUUGGGUGUCCCAAUUGGUGCCCCUGUCCCUUCAGGGGCUCCCAAGUGAGGGUGGAGGGGACAGGGCUUCAGGGCUGUGGCUUGUCUCAGUGUGGGAGGCCACCAGUGACCACAUGUUUGAGUGUUGGCCUAUAUGGGUGACAUGAGUGACCAGGAAACUGGUGGCCAGUCCGUGCUUGACCUGACUAGCCACGUGUUUGUGCCUUGGCUCUUUUGUACCUCCAGAACCCCUCCUCAGCCCUGCCGCAGUGGUAUGGUCUGGGAUGUGGCCCGAGCAUCGGCUCAGUCCCUGGCCGUGACAUUGCAGUCACG